AUGCUUCUGCAGGGAAGGACCAUAGGCGAUGAUGUUGUACGCCAAUGGCAGAAUCCUGGUGAUAUUUUGUCCCUUCUUCUCCUCCUCAGCCCUGGUAUCAUCCAACGGGCGUUUGCUCAAUUAGUUGGCGGGCCGAUUGCUCCGGUCGCGUUCUCCUUUGGCUGGGUGGCAUAUUCCAUCAACGCGCUUCUGUCUGUCUUUGGUGAUGGCGGUUUGAUGCCGAUUUCUGACAUCUCGGCGCUGGUCAUCAAUGCGAAUGGCCACCAGAGGACCAAUCUAGCGUGGGUCAUUGGCAGGCUUCUACGGGAUUUUGAGUAUCGAGCAGACUCCCAGGGUAAUGAACAACCUCAUGCGGGGAAAACCAGCGGCAGCGUCCUGCCCUUUGUUUCUACGAAGGGAGCGAUUGGGACUGCUGUUUAUGGGUUCCGACCACAAGGGCCUGGCCAUGAGAAAGCAUCUCGUGAAGCCCUUCGCGUCACCGUUUUUGAGGUCGAUCCUACGCGUCCGCCUGGCCGUCCUAUUCGGGACUGGAUCGACUAUCUUAGUUUCGCCGCGAUCUUCGUCCAGAUGGGCGUAGCCGCCAUUCCCUGGGCUCUGUCAAUGAACUAUAUGCCCUUCGUGGUCACCCUCAGCGGCGCUGCUUUGACCCUACUAACCAGUGCGGUGCCCCAAUGGGGAAUGGAAAAAUUCUCUAGCUACCGGACUGGGAGCUGGACAGUCAGCAUCACGCGUGGAAACGGAAGUCGACACGUCAUGCUGAUUCUGGGCAAGGACCACGGCUGCCCCAGCGGCCUGGACUUGGAAAUGAUGGCUGCAAGGAGCAACAGCGCCGCUCCGCCACCGCUGACUCCGGUUUGCAUGACGGUACUGGCGGCGCUGUCUAUGAUGCUGCUCAUCACGGUGGCAGGCCUAAGAGAAGACACGUGGUAUCUCCUCGCUGUCGGCACACUGGGCAUGGUCCAGAAUCUUGUGGCAGCGGGCGCAAAGCGCUCCUCAAGUGCCCUGGGCAUCCAUCUCCGGCACGUCAACACCAUCACCGACUCGAGCGUGUCUUCGGUCUUGCGCAAAACAGAGCAGCAGUACCCCAGGGUUGGCGUCUCACUAUUACCAGUCUUCUUCCCCGGAGGGAUGCGAGUCCCGGCCGGCGAGAAAUCCUUUUGGGACGAAGCGAGGGGCGACCACGGGUCCAUUUAUGAGGCUUGA